CGUCUAAUCUUAUACUAUUCUACUUUUGUACUAAUCCUUCAAAGCUCCGGCCUCCUAACGGAACUCAACCUACGAGCUUUUCCGAUAUUCAACAGAACAAUUUAAAUCUGGGUUUUUGUCGCGAAUAACUUCCUCCCACUCCCACUCCACCCCAAUUAUUACCUCCCACCUUCCGCCCCCCAAUCCUACAACUCGGGUUCUAACUAUCCAAAGUAUUCUACUAUCUGGGUACGGAUUUGGAUUCUUUUCACUCUUUUCAAGUGCUUUCAUUCUUCUUUCCCUCUAGAUAUCCUCACCAAGAUGUUUUCCGCAGUGUUGAGAAGGCGUGCCCUUCAAUCAUCAUCUCUGCCAUACCAAUUAGCAAGAUGUCAUGCUUCGAAAUCAUUUCCUCCUCAUACCGUGGUCACUAUGCCAGCUCUAUCGCCAACAAUGACUGCAGGUAACAUUGGAUCAUGGCAAAAGAAGCCUGGAGAUUCAAUUGUCCCUGGUGAUGUCUUGGUAGAGAUUGAGACUGAUAAGGCGCAAAUGGACUUUGAGUUCCAAGAAGAGGGUGUUUUGGCUGCCAUUCUGAAGCAGUCUGGUGAGAAGGAUGUUGCUGUUGGAAAUGUUUGUACUACUUUAUUCAAGCUGAAGAAAGGGAGAGUGCUGACGGAACAAUAGCCAAUUGCUGUCAUGGUUGAAGAGGGAGGGGAUGUAUCGGCUUUCGCGGACUUCACACUCGCAGAUGCUGGAGGAGAGAAGGCAGCGCCAGCACCACCAAAGGAGGAAGCCAGCCAAUCUUCCGAGACAUCUGACACAAAAUCUGGAACUGCUCCCCCGCCUCCAGCUGAAUCGACUCCAGCCCCAGAGGAAUCCGCAUCGAGUGGUGGAAGAUUACAACCUGCUAUGGAUAGAGCAAUUAAUGCUAGCUCUACGGCUAUCAAAUUGGCACUUGAUACCGGUGUUAAGCUUACUGGUGUUAAGGGUACUGGACUCGGUGGACAAAUUACUGAGGCGGAUGUUAAGAAGGCUUCCUCCGGAGCUUCCACCGGCAGCGCGCCAGCAGCUGCUACAUCCACUUAUGUUGAUACCCCAAUCACAUCCAUGCGUAAGACCAUUGCCAACCGUCUUACCGAAUCUGUGAACCAAAACCCACACUACUUUGUCGCGUCCACCGUUUCCGUCACCAAGCUCAUCAAGCUCCGCGCAGCUCUCAACGCCUCUGGAGAAGGAAAAUACAAGCUCUCAAUCAACGAUUUCUUAAUCAAGGCUUGUGCUAUUGCAUGCAAGAAGGUCCCAGCUGUUAACUCCAGCUGGAGAGACGGUUUCAUCCGCCAAUUCAGCAAUGUUGAUGUUAGCGUAAGUUUUCCUUUCCUUCUCUCAACUCAUUUAAUUUACUAAACCUCUACUUAGGUUGCUGUUGCCACCCCAGUUGGUCUUAUGACACCAAUUGUCAAGAACGUCGAAGGUCUCGGUCUCGAAUCCAUCUCAGCACAAGUCAAGGAUCUUGGUAAGCGUGCCCGUGAUGGCAAACUCAAGCCAGAUGAAUACCAAGGUGGAACCUUCACAAUCAGCAACAUGGGAAUGAACAGCGCCAUCGACCGAUUCACCGCUGUUAUUAACCCACCACAAGCAGCCAUCCUCGCCGUAGGAACCACUCAAAAGGCAGCUAUCCAAGGAGCAGACGGAGGAAUCGAAUGGGAUGAUCAAAUCACCGUUACUGGGAGCUUCGACCACAAGGUCGUAGAUGGUGCCGUUGGUGGUGAAUGGAUGAAGGAGUUCAAGAAGGUUGUAGAGAACCCCUUGGAGUUACUGCUAUAAGAAAUGAUGUGACAUGAUAUGAAUUCGGAGGCUAGAGCUAGGUUUACACCAGGUUGAGAAUGAUCAGGGUGCUUAGUUGAUGUGUAGGCUGAUGAUACCGAUGAAAGAAAGAAGAAAAGAGAUUCCCCAUGUAACUCCUUGUACAAUCAAAUCAACGAUUCCUCGUAUCAUGCUUCCUCUCUGAAAACAU